UCAUUUAAUAAUUAUCGCGUGGGACGCGACCCCAGCAUUCGAAACGACACGUUCACUGUGAUCGCUCGUUUCCACAAUGCUCUCUAUAUUUAGUUUCUGUUGUUUUUGUAUAUAUUACGCUUCGGGGGCAGAGUUCACAUUGCCCGGCGAAUGUCCAAAUGUUAAGAUACAGGAAAAUCUUGACUACACUAAGUUUUCAGGAAUCUGGUACAACGUUGCCAGUUAUGCAAGCGAUGGUCGCAAUAUUUACGAUUGCGCUUCGUUAAACUUCCAAGAAGACAAUCUUGGGUAUACCUUAAGGGAGACAUACGUUGACGUGGAUCAAGGAAAUAGAACCCAAAAAUCAUAUUUCGCAAGAGUUGACCCAACUUUUGAUGCUGGAAAUAAAGCGCAGUUCAUAGUUAGUCAUGAGGAUGGAGAUAAGGUACUGCAAUUUCCAUUUUUCAUAUUGGCCACCGAUUACGACGGAUAUGCUAUCGCCUACACUUGUAAAACUUUAAAGAAGAAAUUGAGGACACAUUACGUUUUCACUUGGGUCCUGGCCAGAGGCAAGGAGAAGCUACAAGGCGACACACUAAAGAACGUGGAAAAUGCUCUUUCAAAAUAUUCCGAGCUAGCGGAGCACAGGCAGUCAUUUGUACAAAAGGAUUUCUCGGAUGUCAAUUGUGGUUUUACCAACAAAUACGAGACUGAUUUCUUUACUAGUAAUUUUUGGUAAAAAAUCGACGUUUGAAAUAAAAAUAAAAGCUAUAUAUUUGAUGAAAA